GCAGGCAGCAGUUGGACGCACUUGCGCACUCCAUAAGAACCAUGACUGGACUCACUGCCUGCCUCCUUCUGGCUUUGGCCAGCAGUGCCUUCGCUGGCAACGUCCACGGAGGCCUUGGCUUCGGAGGCUUUGGCUAUGGAGGCCUUGGCUAUGGAGGCCUUGGCUAUGGCGGUCUCGGCUACUCCGGCCUCGGCUACGGAUACGGCCUUGGUUCUGGCUACGGUCUUGGCUACGGCCUCGGCUACGGCUACGGCCUCGGUUACGGUAGCGGCCUCGGCUACGGUCAUGGUCUCGGCUUUGCGCACUCUGGCCUGAGUGGUUAUGCUGUCGCUGCUCCGGCUGUGACCAAGGUCUCUACUGUGCACCAUGCCCCAGCUGUUGCCUCUUACGCCGUUGCCCCAGUCGCCACCUAUGCUGCUGCCCCAGCUGUGACCAGGGUGUCUACUGUCCACCAUGCCCCAGCUGUUGCCUCCUACGCCGUUGCCCCAGUCGCCACCUAUGCUGCUGCCCCAGCUGUGACCAGGGUGUCUACUGUCCACCAUGCCCCAGCUGUUGCCUCCUACGCCGUUGCCCCAGUCGCCUCCUACGCUGUUGCCCCAGCUGUCGCCAAGGUCGCCACUGCCUACCACGCUGCUCCUGCCAUCACCACCGUUGCUCAUGCUCCAGCCUUCGGUUACGGCUACGGUGUUGGACACCUCAAAUACGGUCUCGGACACUUCGGCUAUGGACAUGGUCUCUCCAGCUACGGCCUGAACUACGGUUAUGGUCUUGGCACCUAUGGAGACUACGCCACCCUCCUCCGCAAGAAGUAAAUAGGAAGCUGUAUCCUGGGUUUUUCAAAGGUCGACAAGGAGAAACAGUCCAGAAUGCCAGACUGCGUUUGUAUUCGCAUAUUUUGUAUGGAAUGUGAACUCCAAAUAAAUUAUAUUGCCUGCUAUACA